AUGGAUUCUCAAUCAAAAGCUUUCGAGCCACCGCUGGAACGACCUGUCCAGUUACGCGCUGACGAAAGUCGAUUCGAAGCACCAUUGGAGAGACCGGCGGAGGCGCCACCAGACCUUCCUUUUGAUCAAUGCAACAUGUUCUUCGCUGUUGAUGUCUCUGGAAGUACCGCAGGUCUCGUGCUGGCACAGGAAAGAGCGGCCUUGGAGACAAUUGCGGACCAUCUCCCGAGCCAAACAAAGGCAACGUGCAGAGUUGGCCCGUGGAAUCACGAAGCCCAACCCUUGCUUCGGUUGGACGAGCUCGACGAGCUUGUAUCUGAUGGACUCACGCAACCGCUAGUGCUAUUGGAAGACCGUCAGCAUCUGAAGGCUGUUAAGGACUCACAGCUAUGGUUUCUGUUCACCGAUGGUGAAAUUUUUGACAAGGAAGUCAGAUACUUCGCGAAAAGUAUCGAUGAGCACAGCGUCCACAAUAAAGCAUGCGUACUCGUCGUAUUUGGUUAUCGAGGACGCAUGCCGGCUCUCUGCAACAUCUCGGUCGUAGUAGCAUUGUUCGGGAUGGCGUCUGAUGCUGUCUUUCUGUUCCACGACAUUGACACCGAAGAGCUCUUCAUUUUUCAAGCCAAGGGAUGUUUCGGCUACCUACGCGGACCUGCUCAGCGAGAGAUUAGAUUGGAACAAUCGACACGUUGGGACGAACUUCCGACGACAAAUUACGAAGCACUGUUUACUUCACGCAUACCAUAUCCCCGUGUUCUGAACAAAAAUGAGAUACUCCUUCAAGACGGAACACGCCUCGAUCUUGACCGGAUUACCAAAGACAAUCUCACGGCUUCGGACGCCGAAGCACUUCUCGACAACGAUACCGACCUGAUUUCUAUUAUGAUCUCGAUGAGGUCCAGCGGAAGGGUGGAAGAAGCCAAACGAUGGGUGCGAAACAGAAAGGCUGCCAUCGCUACACGGGUCCAAGACCGAAUCGAUGUUGGCAAUCAUGCUGAAAGUGCCCUCGGCGCGGUCGUGGAUUCCCUACAGAAUCCAGACGACUUGCAGACUACAUCGAGGAUGCAGAGUAGGCUUCGCGACGCACACGUUGCAAAUUGGCUGCGCCUCAUCCAGGAUCAAAGAGCCCAACAGGAAAGGACUGUCAUGGCCGAAAACUGCUUGCAGAGAAUGUCGCCGAGACAUAUGCCCCGCCGCCCCCGCCACUCGCCGGUGGUGCUAUCGCCUUUGUCUCGCAUCUCAAGGCACAAGGCCAAUAGAUAUGAGACGAAACCAGCCGAUCAAGGCACGGGGCUCCCGACUGAGUUGCCAUCACCAUCCCGUCCAGAUCUUCUUGAAAUUGAAAAUGUGAGAACGGAAAUCACCUUCUGCCCUGGGCUCACCAUUCCCAAAGGCUAUCCCCUUCAAACCCUGCCUUUCCUCACUUGUCCGCUGUGUGGAGAGAAUAUGGGCCUCAGAACCUUCACUUCUGGAUUCCCGAGUCCCAAAAGCGUGUGUGAGGUGCUAUACCCACUGGCACUGGCACCGUACCGCGAAACAGACAUUAUUGCUCGCACAAGCUGCUGUGAAGUGUGCGCAUAUCACCUUGUAAAGGCCAAGAGCUCGCUGCAUGACGACCGAAUUGUGGCGGCUCUGCCGAUAGUUCCUCCCCUCGUACUUCGGGAGAACAAGCAGAGGUGGUUGAAUACGCUGGACGAGGUGCUCGAGGAGCGAUUUGAAAGACGGAACUUACUGGCGAUCUUCCUUGCCAUCACGACCGAAGCCCUCGAGCACGCGAAGCGGGACCCAACACAUCAACUCGAUCUCCUCGAGGCCAUCCUCCAUCAUGUAUGCCAACAGCUCAAAGACGAAUGCCGAAUCUCCUUUGACGGCCGACUCGGGACUAUUGACCAGGCUGUCCAGGCUUACUUUAGCUCGAACGAACCUGAAUCCGAACCAACCUUUGCCAAUGGGAUUCUCACACACCCCAUCGAAUCCUUCACCAUCAUUUUUGCAAACACCACCAUGAUCGGGCGCGCAAUGAAAGUUCGAAUCCUGUUUAUGCGAUUCGUGCUUCUGCUCACUAGCAAAUUCACCGAGGCUUCCGGCCCCGGUCCCGUCACCACCACCUCUGCCCUUGCCACGGCGUACCUGAAGCUUCUGAAAGAGGACCGGGCCGCUGUGUCUCGGAGCGGGUUUCCGGGCUACGCGACACCAUCCACACCGACACCGACACCGACACCGGGGAAUAACUCCUCCACACUGACACCGGGGAAUAAGAAUAACUCCCGUCGCGCCGUCACGGUCGACGAUCUGAUCGCCUACUCGCUCAUCACGGCGCAGGACUUGGCCACGCUCAAGAUCCUCGGGCCCAUCUGGCAUGAUGUCGAGCACGAGGCAGAACCGGCCUUGUAUCUGUGUUUGUUGAAGCUGGCGCACGAGAAGACCAAACCUAGCAGUGCGUCUGUCAUGCUUGAACGGUGGCGCACCAGAGGCGGGCUUGAGGAGGUGUUUAGGGAUCCUACGCAUGUGACGGAUGAUAUGAUAGAUGGGAUCAUGAUCAUGUCGCCUUGA